CUUUGGCAGUCACAAAGAGUGCAUCAUUCUCCGGCUAGCCGCCCGUUUCGCUUCGGCUGCUGUGUACAUCGGGCACCCUCUUGCGUCUGCAGUCCUAAAGGAUUUCGGGCGCAGAAUGACUGGCCCAGAGUUUAAGCCGCUGCUGCCGGUGAAGCAGCCGGUGCCAUCGGACAUCGAGAUCGCGCAGUCAGUGGAGCCGGUGCACAUCGCGAAAAUCGCUGAGGCGGUCGGCUUGCUUCCCGAGGAGUUCGACCUGUAUGGCAUCCAUAAGGCAAAGGUCAAGUUGAGCGUGCGUGACCGCCUCGCGGACGCCCCUAACGGCAAAUAUGUGGUCGUCGCCGGCAUCACCCCCACCCCCCUGGGCGAGGGCAAGAGCACCACCACCAUCGGACUCUGCCAGGCGCUGGGAGCCUAUCUGGACAAGAAGGUGCUCACGUGCGUGCGGCAGCCCAGCCAGGGCCCCACCUUCGGCAUCAAGGGUGGCGCGGCGGGCGGCGGCUACAGCCAGGUCAUCCCCAUGGAGGAGAUGAACCUGCACCUCACCGGCGACAUCCACGCCAUCACCGCCGCCAACAACCUGCUGGCGGCCGCCAUCGACGUGCGCAUGUUCCACGAGCGCACCCAGACGGACGAGGCGCUCUUCAACAGGCUGUGCCCCGCGGACAAGCAGGGCAAGCGGCGGUUCGCCCCCGUGAUGCUGCGGCGCCUGGCCAAGCUGGGCAUCACCAAGACCGACCCGGAGGAGCUGACGCCGGAGGAGCGCCGUGACUUCGCCCGCCUGGAUCUGGACCCCGCCUCCAUCACCUGGCGCCGCGUCAUUGACACCAACGACAGGUUCCUGCGCUCCAUCACAGUGGGUCAGGGCACCGAGGAGCGCGGCCAGACUCGCGGCACUGGCUUCGACAUCACCGUCAGCAGCGAGAUCAUGGCGGUGCUGGCGCUGGCGACCGACCUGGCGGACAUGCGGGAGCGGCUGGGGCGCAUGGUGGUGGGCAACGACAGCAAGGGCCGGCCGGUCACCGCUGAUGACCUGGGUGCGGGCGGCGCGCUGACGGUGCUGAUGAAGGAUGCCAUCCUGCCCACACUCAUGCAGACCCUGGAGCGCACCCCGGUGCUGGUGCACGCCGGCCCCUUCGCCAACAUCGCGCACGGCAACAGCAGUGUGGUGUCUGACCAGAUCGGGCUCAAGCUGGUGGGGCCGGAGGGCUACGUGGUGACGGAGGCGGGCUUCGGAGCCGACAUCGGCAUGGAGAAGUUCAUGAACAUCAAGUGCCGCGCGUCGGGUCUCACCCCCGACUGCGUUGUCCUGGUGGCCACUGUUCGCGCGCUCAAGAUGCACGGAGGCGGCCCGCCCGUGGUGGCAGGCACCCCCCUGCACCACGACUACACCACUGAGAACGUGCCGCUGGUGUCUGCCGGCUGCUGCAACCUGGUACGGCACAUCCAGAACGCGCGCAAGUACGGCGUUCCGGUGGUGGUUGCGGUCAACCGUUUCGCCUCCGACACGGAUGCGGAGCUGGAGGCGGUGCGGGCGGCGGCGCUGGAGGCGGGCGCCAGCGCCGCAGUCAUCUGCGCGCAUCACGGGCUGGGCGGUGCGGGGGCGGUGGAGCUGGGCCAGGCGGUGAUCGCCGCGUGCAGCCCGGAGACCAAGCCCGAGUUCAAGUUCCUGUACGACGUCAACCUCUCCAUCAAGGAGAAGAUUGAGAUCAUUGCUCGCGAGAUGUACCACGCGUCCGGGGUGGAGUACAAGCCGGAGGCUGAGGCCCAGAUCGAGAAGUACACGCGCAUGGGCUUCGACAAGCUGCCCAUCUGCAUGGCCAAGACGCAGUACAGCUUCAGCCACGACGCCAGCCUGAAGGGCGCCCCCAGCGGUUUCAUCCUGCCCAUCCGCGACGUGCGCGCCUCCGUGGGUGCCGGCUUCCUGUACCCGCUGGUGGGCAACAUGAUGACCAUGCCGGGACUGCCCACCCGGCCCUGCUUCUACGACAUCGACCUGGACCCGGCGACCGGCAAGAUCGUGGGUCUGUCGUAAGCGCAGGAGGAGUGGAGAGGAGGAACAGGAGCAGGAGGAGGGUGCAGGAGGAGGAGACGGGAGGAGGGCGCUGCGGGCAGGAUGAAUGGGGCAAUUGAGUAACAGGUUGGCGUUCCAGCAGGUGUGGUGUUUGGAUUUUCGCAGCAGGCGACCCGUGGGUCAGAUGGCUAGCAGUGUGGCAGUGCGGCACUGAUGGUCAAGGCGUCUUCGGGUUAGCCACAAUUUUGACGAAAUUCGUUGUUCCCUGGGAUGUGUCUGGCGACUUUAAACACAUGCAGAGGGGUUUCCAGCGAUUGCCCCUGAUGUCUGUUGGAAUAUCUUCAUGUUGCGCAAUGCACGUUCUACAAGCAGUUGCGGUC